AUGGGGUUUACUAUCUGGCUGUGUGUGCUGUGCCUGCAGGCGAGCCUGCUGUCACACGCCCUCGACUGCUCAGGAUCAACACAAGGAGAGCUGUGUGUCAGCGGGCAGACCGCAGACGGACAGUACGAUGAGAAGCAGCAGAGGGCACUGCCCUUAUCUGAAGGACUGGUUCUGUUUAGACGUAAGAGACAGCUGGAGCGGAGGGGUCCCACCCACCUGAGCCACUCCAGCCUGCCCGGGGCCGUCUCUGUCAAAGGCUUCCCUAACACUCUCAUCCAGGCUGAUAGGUCCAGACGGCAUUUGGCUCAAACUGCAACAAAGAAAAAGAAUAAGCGUAAAUCCCGCGUCGGCUCCUUUUCCCUCCUCAGCAAUGACAAGAAAACCAACCCCCUACUGGUGACUCGUGCAAAGAGAGAGGUGAAGAUGGAACCUCAAAGAAGAGGGAACUCAGGUCGUUCUGGGGCUUUCUCCGUCCUGGGAGAUCCGCAGACUGACGGACAGACGGAAAGACCCAAAAGAAGCAUUUAGAAGAUGAAUGGGGCUAGAUAAAGCCUGACACACAGCGUGGAUGUCCACAGUUUUGCUCAAUCAUGUUAAGAAAUUGAA